UUUUUCUUUCCUUCUUCUUCUUCUUCUUCGGUUGGCGAGGAAGUUUUGGUGGGAAGUGCGAGGAUAGGAAUGGGGAAAUGCGACCCUCUAAGGUCGUAACUCGUAGAAUAUGUACUCCUUUCGGUUACUCGGGUGAGAAGUGGUGACGAAUUUUGAAUUGUGAAGUGUCCAUACUCGGUAUCGAGAGCUUAAUUGUAGAGUACGAACAGCUUAGUGGCUCGGUUCGGGACACGAUGGAAAGGCCUGGCUUUGUCCGUUUUUUACUCGAGUGUUUCCGUUAUCGAGGAAAUGCGCUGGGUCCUGUUACAUUUGAAUUGUGUUCAAGCUCUUCAAAAAUUCUAUAUGAACUUGCUGUCGCAGAGGUCUAGAUUUCUUUAUUGAGUUAUAGCUUCCCGGUGGUGGAGAAUCUUUCGGGCUGAACCUUCCAGGCGGCACGAUUUGCAUGCUUAAAUUUUAAUCUGCAUAUGCUCUCGCUUUAAGAAAAUCUCGAGAUUCUCGUCGCCGUACUUGUUUGUUUUCUUGUGUGCUUAUUAAUGAGGAAUUAUACAUCUAAUGCUCAUGCUUAAAUCUCUCCCGAGAAACGAUUUUAUAUUAUAGGUGGUCACGAUGGAGCCACCAGAUUCUGAUGCCCGUGCUUGUACCAUUUGGUGGUGGCUCUUUAUGCCCUCGUUGAGUGUCCACUGGAAUUUAAUCUUGGAAUAUGGCCUCCGUGUUAAGCUUUUUGAACCUUUCCCUUUCAAAAUGGCAGUGUUGUUUCUUCACAUAAUGAAUCCAUCCUCCCAUUCCUUGUCUCAUUUUUUAACGGUGGGUUUUGUUCUUCUAGAAAGAUAUCCACUGUCUAUGGGGAGCAAGGAAUAAUGUGACAAUAAGUUUUGAGUUUUUUUAGUUUGUCAGAGAUGCUAAAAUGACGCGCAACCAGGAUGAUGGGUCCAUUCAAUGACGAAUACCUGCUGUCGGCGAGAAUAAACACAUAUUCCUCGCGUGAUGCAAAGAUCCACUCGAGCAGAACUGAAAUGUGCUUAUAAGACCUUCGUUGAGUAGGAAUGGCACCUCAGUAAGGAAGUACAGAGCUAUUAGUUCGCAAUCGAUGAGCAAAUUGUCGUGCAUGGUCGAUUACAUUUAGUAUAUCUUACGGUAGUGCCUUCGCCAACAACCGGUUCCUUUCUAGAGAGGCGAAUGUUGCAUGGUUCCGUCAGCUCAACAACCGGUUUGACAAACAAUCAUCCCUGCCGUCCCGAUAGAUUUGGUGAAAAAGAAUCAGGCAUCUUUGAGUUCCAACCCUCACCAGGACCAAAUCCGGGUACUGCAGAAGUGAAUCAGAAAAACAAAGAAUCCAUGCAAGUCCACAGCCACUCUCAGACUCAAUCAUUGGCAUUGGUGCCUUUUGUCAAAAGUGAAUUGGCAGUCCCAUCUAGUGAGUUGAGUCUUUCCUCACCUGCUAAAUUGGUUCCUUCUGUGGCUAAUCCGCCUGAUGAAGUUGAUUCAGAGGAAUCAAACCAGCAAGAUCACCCAGGUACUGGCAUGCAGGCAACACAAUCUGAUCAUAAAGGAAAUGUCAUGGCUGAGAGAUUAACUGAUGAUGGAUACAACUGGCGGAAAUAUGGACAAAAACAUGUGAAAGGAAGUGUGUUCCCACGUAGUUAUUACAAAUGUACACAUCCUAACUGUGAAGUCAAAAAGCUUUUUGAACGCUCCCCUGAUGGACAUAUAACUGAGAUUAUUUACAAAGGAACACAUGAUCAUCCCAAACCACUACCAAACCGGCGUGUCGCUGGGGGUAUUAUAUUGCAUAUCCAAGGAGAUAGAUCUGCUGAUGUCUCACCUUUAACUGGUGAGACUUCAUCAAAUGUCUAUUGCCAAACUUCCAACAUCAUUGAGCCAAAGAGUACUACACAGCUAUAUCUGGCAGCUGGGAAUGAGGAUAGUGUUGAAGGCACUGCUUCCUUAUCAUAUAGGAUUCGUGAUGAGGUUGAUGAAGAUGAUCCUUUCUCAAAGAGAAGGAGGUUGGACAUUGGAGGGUUAGAUGUCACUCCCGUGAUUAAACCUAUACGAGAACCACGUGUUGUUGUCCAAACUCUUAGUGAGGUGGACAUACUGGAUGAUGGAUAUCGAUGGCGCAAAUAUGGUCAGAAGGUGGUGAGAGGCAAUCCGAAUCCACGGAGUUACUAUAAGUGCACCAAUGCUGGGUGUCCUGUUAGAAAACAUGUGGAGAGAGCAUCCAAUGAUCCCAAAGCUGUCAUUACAACCUAUGAAGGAAAGCACAACCAUGAUGUGCCUACCGCAAGAACAAGCAGUCAUGACAUGGCAGCACCCAUUGCUCCAGCCGGACCUUCAAGAAUUGGACCAGAAGAAAGGGAAACAAUUAGCCUUGAUCUUGGAGUUGGAAUCAGCUCUGCUGCUGAAGCCAGGUUCCCCAACCUGCAGGGUUCGCGACAUACCAUCCAUCAGCAGCUGGUUCAAAACCAAAUCCACUCGAACAAUUCGAGUAUAAAGGUUCUACGAGCAACCCCAGUUUCAUCAUAUUAUCGUGUUGAAAAUUGUGGCGCUACCACUUAUUGUAGUACAACAGAAGAUUUGAGAGGAGGCCGAGGUUUGGAUGUUUCACCUCGAAACCAUUCUUAUUCAUAUCAACAGACCGUGGGAAGAGUAAUAACUGGGCCAUAUGCUUGUUCACCCCAAAACCAGUCUAAAUAAGAUUCUGUGGCUUUUGUUAUAUUACCACAUAAUUAAAGAGCUGUUCGUUUUAUUA